CUAUCACAGGAUGAUUCCCGUGCAGAGACAGCUAGUCCUUAUCCAUUAAAGUCCUCUCCCUCUCCAGUCCCCUCGGGUGCUGAGGAAGAUGAAAAGGACUGGUUUUUCUUGGUCCAAACUCUACUGACAACAGCUGGCCUUGAUUCCGACCUGCAAUUAGAUUCAUUUUUUGCCGGGGGGCAUUCGCCCGGAAGCCCAUUAGACUCAUCAUUGAGAGACAAAUAUGCUAACCUAAAUGACAAGGAGCUUUUGCUCGAGGCAAAGCCACGAUCAAAUGGGAAACUUGUAUUUGACUCUGUGAAUGCAGCGCUAGUUGAAAUCACAGGUCAUGGAUCAGGCAGGAGCACGAAGGCGGUGACUUGCAGUGGGGUUCAAAACUGGUUGGUAGAGGGUGCACAACCCCGGAUAAUUGACUACGUGUGGGCUCAGUUGAAGUCAUGGUUUUGUAGUGAUAUGAGACGUACAUUUGGGGACGGUGGGGACAGCAACAGCCUGGUGGUGGAGAUGGUGGUAGGGAAAGGGUGGGUAGAUAAGAUGAGAGUGGAAUUAGAUAGCUUAGGGAACGAAAUAGAAGGAAAGUUGCUGGAUGAGCUUGUUGAGGAGGCUGUCCUUGAUUUAACAGAUAAAUCAGCUGGUCUGGCAGACAAACGUUUCAAAUCUACCUGCAUCAUCCAUUGGUUUGAUCACCAAAGGGCAAAGAUGGGCCUCUAUUGCCUUGUUCGUGAUUGUUGGAGGUCCUACUAUUCCUACGACUCAACUGUAUUGUUGGUAAGGUUUCAAGAGAAGGUGUCGGUAUUAAGAUGUGUUUACGAUUAA